ACCAAACAAAAGUAAAAAAUAAACGCUUUUAAGUUCUUUUUACAGUGUAGUAGUAGUUACAUAGGAACCACCACCACUCGACAUCGGAACCAUUCGCCGGGAACUUCAAUGGCGCAACUCAUACGUCCGGUAAGGCAAUUGUCGCCGCAGUGUCAUCACUGUCUUCGUAAUCUCCGCCACUUGUUCUCCAAGAAGCUGCCGCUAAACCCACCUUCUUCUACGCCCACUCUCCUUCUCCUCUCCCCUUCUUUCUCCACCGCAAGAUCUCCACCUCGUCGGCGACUUCGCCGUCCCGCGCCACCAGAAGCUCUCGCUCCUCCAAACCUCAUUGCUGAAGAAGAUGGCGGUAGCGAUGAAUCAGAGUCUGAGUCGUCGAGAAGCAGGAACCAGCGGAAGCGUGACGCUCGCCGCGCCGUCCGGUGGGGUAUGGAGCUAGCUUCCUUCUCUAGUGAUCAGAUUAAGAGGGUUAUGAGAGCGGCGUCGCUUGGUGAAGAGGUUUACGAUGCGUUGAUGCUUGCCAAGAGACUAGGCGCGGAUGUUAGAGAAGGGAAGCGUAGACAUUUUAACUAUAUCGGGAAGUUGUUGCGUGAAGUUGAACCUGAUUUGAUGGACACUCUGAUUAAUGCCACUAAUCAGGGUGAUCUCACAAGGAUUCAGGCGCUGAUUGCUUCGGCAAAGGAUGGCGCAGAUGACGCUGGAGUGAGUGAUUUUAUUGAUUCAGAAACAGAGUCGGAAGAUGAAGGAGAGAGCUCAGAAGAAUAUGUGGCUAUAGCUGCGAGAUGGUUUGAUGGCCUUAUCAGUCAAAAUGUGGAGCUCACAAAAGAAGUUUAUUCUCUUCAGGGUGUUGAUUUCGAUCGACAGGAAUUGCGUAAACUUGUUCGGAAAGUACAGUUGGUUCAUGAGCAGAGAAAAGACGUAACCCCGGAGAAGCAGAAAGAAGUCGAUGCUGCAUUGGUGACGGCUGAGAAGUCUCUGAAUCGAUUUCUUCAUUCCAUGGCGAAACAAAUGCAGAGUGAGGAGAGCAGUCUGUACUUAUGAUUUAAAAGAAUAUAUUUUUUGAUUCUCAAUAAUAUAAUACCCAUUAAACCGAACUCAAACCGACUUACCAAAUUUUUGGUUCUGUUUGCUAAAUCCGGUUAAACUGCCAAGGCUUACUUACUUUAGCUUAUCAGUUAUCAUGA